AGCGAUGAGCGGCUCCUUCGACAAGAAGCUCUCCAGCAUCCUCACCGACCUCUCGGGCUCGCUGAGCUGCCAUGCCGCCUCCAAGGACUCCCCCACCUUGCCCGAGUCCUCCGUCACCGACCUGGGCUACUACACCAGCCAGCACGACUACUACGCGGGCCAGUCGUACAGCCAGCCCGUGAGCCACUACCCCUACCACCAGUUCAACCUCAACGGCAUCGGGGCCACCGGCACCUACUCGCCCAAGUCCGACUACUCCUACAGCCCUUCGUACCGCCAGUACGGCCACUACAGGGACCAGCAGCUCCCAGCCCAGGAAGCAGUGUCGGUGAAGGAGGAGCCGGAGCCGGAGGUGCGGAUGGUCAACGGGAAGCCCAAGAAGAUCCGCAAGCCGCGGACCAUCUACUCCAGCUACCAGCUGGCGGCUCUGCAACGCCGCUUCCAGAAAGCCCAGUACCUGGCGCUGCCCGAACGGGCCGAACUGGCCGCCCAGCUGGGGCUCACCCAGACCCAGGUGAAGAUCUGGUUCCAGAACCGCCGCUCCAAGUUCAAGAAGCUGUACAAGAACGGCGAGGUGCCGCUGGAGCACAGCCCCAACAACAGCGACUCCAUGGCCUGCAAUUCCCCCCCUUCGCCGGCCGUCUGGGACAGUAACUCGCACGGCAGCGCGGCGGGCCGGACCCCGCUCCCGCAGCCGCUCCCCUACAGCUCUUCGCCCGGCUUCCUGGAGGAGCACAACCCCUGGUACCACCCCCAGACCCUCAGCGCGCCCCACUUACCCCACCAGCCGCCGCCGGCCGCCACGAUGCAUCACACCUCCCCGGGGCCUCCUCCCAACCCCGGCGCCGUGUACUAGCCGCGAGAAAGGGAACGAGAGACAGUGGCAGAACUUCUCCUUCUAUUUUUUUUUCUUUUUUUUCUCUGUUUUUCCCCCGCUCCAGUUCUGGGCUUUUUUUUUUUUCUUUUUUUUUCUUUUUUCUUUUUCGGAAAUGUGUUUCCCGGACACACAUGUACACACACCCCUAUAUAUACACAUAUAUAUCCUAGGCUCUCCCAGCUCAUCUCAGGAACAGCAGGACUGCAAGGGUUAAACUCGA